AUGGGAUCCCCGGGCUACGUUCCACUAAUCCUCGCGCUCAGCGCUUCCUGCUUCCUUGCGGCCUCUCAGCUCCCCCUGGCCGUUACUACCUGGCCUUACCACGGUGCUGUGCAGACAGCAUGGAACACACUUCAGUCUGGAGGGUCUGCAUUGGAUGCAGUAGAGGAAGGUUGCAGUCGAUGUGAGAUCGACCAGUGUCGAGGUACUGUGGGUUACGGAGGAAACCCGGAUGAGCAUGGGGAGACAACAUUAGAUGCCAUGAUUAUGAAUGGUGAUACAAUGGAGGCUGGAGGAGUUGGGCAGCUUCAAAGAAUUAAAAGUGCGAUUCGUGUUGCUCGAGCAGUGAUGGAACAGACCAGUCAUUCACUGUUGGUGGGAGAAUCAGCUUCAGAAUUUGCUCAGAAUAUGGGUUUCCCAAGUGAAGAUUUAACAACAAACAAAUCUCUGUCCAUGCAUGCAGACUGGCUGAACCAAAGAUGCCAACCUAAUUUCUGGAAAAAUGUUGUACCAAAUGCAGAAACUUCCUGUGGGCCAUACAAACCAAUGAACAGGCCACUGUCCAAACAGAACAGAAUACCAGCACAGCUUGGCAAUGUUCAUAACCAUGACACCAUUGGAAUGGUUGUGAUUGACAAGACUGGAAGUAUAGCUGCUGGGACGUCUACUAAUGGCCUAUCACAUAAAAUCCCAGGCCGUGUGGGAGAUUCACCAAUAGUUGGGGCAGGUGCUUAUGCCGAUAGCACAGCCGGAGCUGCAGCUGCUACAGGGAUUGGAGAUAUUAUGAUGCGGUUUCUCCCAAGGAAUCCUGCUGAUUACCAAGCAGUGGAGUAUAUGCGGAUGGGAAUUGAACCAGCCCUAGCUUGUCAGAAGACGAUUAACAGAAUUCAAAAAUAUUAUCCACAGAUUUUUGGUGCCCUUAUCUGUGCAAACAGAACUGGGGGUUAUGGUGCUGCAUGCAGUAAAUCUCCAGAACUUGUCCAGUUCCAUUUCAUGGUUUACAAUCCAUCGAAGGCCUCGGAAGAAAUAGUGGACUGCAUUUGAAGCUGCUGUGAUGCAUCUU